AACAUGAGUGUUUGUUUUUUCUGUGUUUUAUUUGUUUUGCAAUAUCAUGGAAACUCAGUAGAGACCUCUGCUACUGACCUGAUCACAAAGUGUCACCGGUACAGAAAUGAACAGUCAGAUGUCUGACUCACCCAGAGAUACAACUGACAGCUGACAUGAAUCAGCUACUCAGUACACAUCAGUCGAUCUUAUUCUAUCAUCUGUCCAUGCUGUGCUUGGUUCGAAUGGCUCUCCGCAUCGUCAGAUGCAGCCCCUGAAUCGCUCUCGGUGCCGCCUUCCCCUGGUCCCUGUGGUCUCGGUUAAGUGCUUCAUGCUGUCCAAGAAAGGCAGGGGGUGGGGUGGUGGGAAGUGUUAAAAGCACUGUUAGAAGGUCUAGUGACGAUAAUGGACUGCGCCCGGCUCAGUCACAAGGCAGAAAUGGCAGCUGUUUUAAAAUCACUCAUGGUGGAGCCGAUGUUGACUCCACAGGAUGUUAAACCAGUUUGUCAUGUCAAGCCAGCUGACUCGUCAGGAGGCAUGUGGAGGAUAAACUAUGUUCUUAUUAUUACCUUGAAGAAUGAAUUUUAAAGGCUUCCAAUUGGAUGAAAUAAACAAUUAAAGAAUAUACCUAAGUACGUUUGCAUUGUGGUUUUGAAUGACAUGUUAGUGUUACAGCUCUUGUACCAUUAAUCAUGUAGCUUACAUUGACAAUGACCAGUGUCUGAAAAACAAAACAAACAUGGGUUUCUGAGCAGACCAUAUCCUGUAGAUUGGGCCUUUCCUCUCUAAUUGGUCUCAUAAGUCACACAUUUUCCCACAUAGCCCUCAGGCAAAUCAAUCUAACGACCUGUACCUCAAAUUGACACAAUCCACUGUUGAUUUCAUUGUUGUAGGGGAAAGACUCUAGGGUUGUUGCCAUGGUGCUGAAGGAGCUACCAAGUAAGGCAUCUUCAGAAGCAAACGCCCUCCUCACCGUGACAACCAAGCUGGCCAGUGAGCAGCAAGAGAGCCGCCCCCUUUUGAGCCCCUCCAUCGAUGACUUCCAGACUGAGACCAAGAGUGAUGGAGCCAGCCGGCCGGUCACCUCCAACACAGCAGUUCUGUCCCCAGCUCUGGACUUGGUGGGCCUGAGUGAGACCAGGGAGAGGAGAUGGAGCUGGGACAGGAGGAGUCCUCUGGGCUCUCGGAGGGAGGGGCGCAGAUGCAGCCCUCGCAGGAAGAAGCAGACAGACGAGACAGAGCUGAUCCAGGUCGAGACGGAGGAGCUCUCCCCUGGACCUCUGAACCCUGAGAGGAUAUCUCUGGACUCAGUCAGCGUGUCGUCUCCCAUGGAGAAGUGGGAGGAGGUGAGCCUGCACCCUGACAGUGCUUCGAACGUAGGCAGGAAGUGGAGAUACGAGAAGAAGAGGUGCACUUCACACCAUUCCUCCAGCGAACUCCUCUGGUCGGCGGAGUUCAAGACAGAUCCGUCCACCAAGCAGCCCCCGGACCUCAACAUGAGCACCGAGUCUGACCCUGGACCCUGCCCUCAGCAGAGACAGAGGCUGGGCCGAUCUCUUCUGGCCAGAAACGUUUCCCUGGAGGAGGAAUUUGUACGAGCGAAGGCAGCAGUGGAGUCAGACACAGAAUUCUGGGAUAAAAUGCAGGCAGAGUGGGAGGAGCUUGCCCGCAGGAACUGGUUGGACAAUCCAGACAACGAAGGCCCCAUUCCACUCAACGUGUCACCCAAUGAGUCGGGUUACUUUUUUCAUACCAACAAUCCAUACAAAGAGGGGCCCAGCGCUUUCGAGGAAGCGCUGCAGAAAUGCAGGGAGGGGGAUCUGAACACUGCUGUGUUGCUGCUGGAGGCCGCCAUUCUGCAGGACCCGCAGGACUCUGAGGCCUGGCAGGUGCUGGGAACCACACAGGCAGAGAAUGAGAACGAGCAGGCUGCCAUUGUCUGCCUCCAGAGAUGUCUGGAGCUUCGUCCCAAUAACCUCACGGCUCUGAUGGCACUGGCCGUCAGCCUGACCAACGCCGGUCUGCAGCAGGAUGCCUGUGAGGCUCUGCACCGCUGGAUCCGACACAACCCCAAAUACAGGCACCUGCUCCAGAACCGCAGCCCGCUGGAUGGCUCCCCCCUGCCCCAGCGCCGGAGCUCCCCCAUCUCCCCACUGGUCUGCUCCCAGCUCAUGGAGGUGAAGGAGCUGUUCCAGGAGGCCAUGCAGCAGAACACAGAGGAGGUGGACCCGGACCUCCAGACAGGCCUCGGCGUGCUCUUCAACCUCAGCUCAGAGUUCGACAAGGCCGUGGACGCAUUCAACUCGGCCUUGUCCGUGCGGCCGGAGGACUACCUGCUGUGGAACCGUCUGGGGGCCACGCUGGCCAACGGGGACCGCAGCGAGGAGGCGGUGGAGGCCUACACCCGGGCCCUGGAGCUGCAGCCUGGCUUCAUCAGAUCUCGCUACAACUUGGGCAUCAGUUGCAUCAACCUGGGUGCACACAGGGAGGCAGUGAGCAACUUCCUGACUGCUCUGCACCAGCAGAGGAAGAACAAGAGCCACCAAGUCAUGUCCAGCAACAUCUGGGCUGCCCUGCGCAUCGCCCUGUCUCUCAUGGAGAUGCCAGAGCUCUUCCACGCGGCCAAUAUGGGGGACCUGGACCUUCUCAUGAGGGCCUUCAACAUGGACAUGUGAUCUCGACGAUGUCCAGACAAUAGUGUGGGACUCCAGCCAGGACCCCAAUAUGGACUCUGUUUCUCACCACGCACUUUGACUUGGCCAUGAAAGAGGAGGCCACAUGCGGCGUGUCCCCGGGGAGCUUUGACAUUUGCACUGUAUGGUGAUUGACACAGAUGAGCACAUAACAGGGGGAAUGAAAGGUGAAAGGAGCCCACCACAGAGGGAAAGCACAAUGUUAUUGUAGGAUACGACUGUUUUCUUAGAGUCAAUUCACUAGAUGACUAUAAAUAAUCCAUACACACAGCAUCAAAAUAUCUAUUUUUUUUCUUUCUAUACUAUAGUGUAAUAAUAAUUAUAAUCCAUUACUGCAGUGAGUUGCAGAUUAGUGUCUGUGGCAAUCCGUAGCUCCUUGACAACACAGACCUCACAUUCCAGUCAAGCGUCAGGCCCCACUGGAGCAUCUGCAUGGCAGGCCUGUGGUUAAUUACAGGAGCUGAAAUUCAGUUCUCAGAAUUCACAAAGCUGUAACAUGGAGUCGCUUUAAGUACCACUCUCGCUGAUGUUAACUAGACCAGUGGUUUCAGUACCACUCUGGCUGAUGUUAACUAGACCAGUGGUUACUCACUGGAGAGCAAAUCAUCUAAAUCAAAAAGCCUGUCCUAUUCAACUUUUACUCAUACUAUGUAGAACCUUCACAGAUUCUUAAGCUUGCCUCCAUUGAAGGACCCUUAAUAGUACUACUUGGAAGUCACUCAUGAUUAUGAGUGUAUAUGAGGAAUGGUACAGGAUAAGGCACCUGACAAGUUUAGUUCAAUGUUCUGCAUGAGUGAUUGCCAUGUUUUGAGAUGAUGCAUGAUUUGUUACUCCCCAUAAAUCCUAUGCAAAUAUCCUAUUUUUUGUCUUUAGCUAAAUGGACCAAAAAGCACUUCUUCUUUUUUUCUUUUAAGGUAAACCAUCUUGAGACAUUCCUUGGGUGUUAUUGUGCUGAUAAGUGACUAUGCACUGGACAGUGAUAGAAGUGCUGGAACUGAAUCUAGACUAAUGGGCAGAAAACACAAAUAUUUAACCAGAAAAUGAAAAAUAUUUCAGAUGAUACACCCUUUGUCUUUCAUGAGUAAGUUUGUUCUACAUAUUAUGUUUGCAAAACUCUGCCUAUGUUCUGUAACAUCAGAGUAAUCUCAUCAACACAAAUGUUUGUUGACUUUGCAUGUAAAAGAAAAAAACUACAUUUAUUUUCUUGAUUACUGCAGUGUAUAGCUUUAUGCUGCACUUUUUUGUUAUCUUAAGUUUAUUCAUUUCAAAUGCACAAAAGGCUAAAGAUUGUAUAUUGAAACAUAAAGAACUAUUUUAUAUCUGUUAUGGUCAAAUAUCAGACUCCAUGUGUAGUUGAGGGCAUUAGGUUGAUUUGAUUGGAGCCUACAGAUACCGUAUUAACCAAAUGCAGUAUAAUCACAUCGACGGUACCCAAUACAGGUCCACUAAGACUUCCUAAAGGAGUGCAGCCAUCUACACAUGUAAAUAUUAUCGUGUGUGAGUUUGGGUGUGUGUGCAUAUGUGUGUGUGCGUGUGCAUGUGUGUGCGCGUGCGUGUGUGUGUGUGCGUGUGUGCGUGUGUAUGCGUAUGCGUGUAUUCGGGUUGGCUUACCCGUUUGUUUCCCCCGAUGUAGCUUUUAAAAUAUUCCAAAAUAUAGCUGAUGUUUUAAAGGGUAAAAAUAUGAAAUCACACAAAAAUCUGUUUGUUUACAUCAGAUGUAUUGGGUACCUUUCAUCUUAAAUGAUUUAGUCCAUCUGCAAUGAGUCAUGCAAUUCUAGUAUCAGGAUACCUAUA